AUGUCACAUUUAACAAGUUCAUUAGCAGAAAGUCAAGCUCUUUAUUUAGAUCCAGCGAUCAGAGACUGGGUUCUAUUGCCGAUUAUGGUAGUGAUGGUGUUAGUAGGAAUAUUUAGAGAUCAAGUAACAGUUUUACUAGGAGGAACGUCAACGCAAAAAAAAAUGACACUUAAAGCUAUUAGGGAAACAAGGGUAUUGACGCGUGGUGCAACUCUAAGAAGUUAUGGGAAUCACAUACCACCAUUGUCAUUUCAAAACAGAAAAACAUAUUUAUCAAAUGCAUUAAAAAAAGGAGAUUAUUUAAAGAAUCCGGCGGCAGCAAAUCAAAUGGUUAAUCCGAUGACAGAUCCUCAAGGUAUGGAGAUGAUGAUGGAAGGAAUGAAAAAAAAUAUUGCAAUGAUUAUACCUCAAACUCUUAUAAUGGGAUGGAUUAAUUUUUUUUUUUCUGGAUUUGUGUUAAUUAAACUACCAUUUCCACUUACAUUAAGAUUUAAAUCAAUGUUACAAAGAGGAGUUGAGACACCAGAUAUGGAUGUGACUUGGGUAUCGUCGUUAUCAUGGUAUUUUUUGAAUUUAUUUGGAUUGAGAAGUAUUUUUACAUUAUUAUUAGGCGAAGGAAAUUCAGCAGAUGGUGUUAGAGACAUGACAGCAAUGUCACAAAUAGGUGCACCGGCAGCAGGCCAACCACAAGAUUUUGCUAAAUUACACUUGGCAGAACGUGAAAAUUUAGAAUUAACUACUCAUAAUUGGGAAUUGGAAGAUAUCGAGUAUAGAUUGUUAGUAUUGUAUGGUAAAAGAAAACCAAGGUCUAAUAAUGGUGGUGAUAAUAAUAAAAAUGAAGAAAUUGAUUAUAAUGAGAAAAAUAGUAAUAGUAAUAACAAUGGAAACAUUACUGAACAUAAAAGUAAAAAUAGAAGAAAAGGCGGUAAAAAAGAUUGA